AGCUCCGGCGCCACCAUUAAAAUCCGAGUCUCUCUAUCUCUCACUCUCUGCUAAUUUCACGGUAGGUAUUUGAAAUGGCGACAGUUCCAGGACAAUUGAUCUGGGAGAUCGUGAAGAACAACAACUGUUUCUUGGUGAAACAGUUCGGUAGAGGAAACUCUAAGGUUCUUUUCAGCAAGGAGACCAACAAUCUCGCCAACGUUCACUCCUACAAGCACUCUGGUCUUGCAAACAAAAAGACUGUGACCAUCCAGGCCGCUGACAAGGAACAAGCUGUUGUGCUUGCCACCACCAAGACCAAGAAGCAGAACAAGCCUAAGCUCUCUGUUAACAAGUCUAUCCUCAAGAAGGAAUUCCCAAGGAUGUCCAAGGCUGUUGCUAACCAGGUGGUUGACAACUACUACAGGCCAGACUUGAAGAAAGCUGCACUUGCUAGACUCAGCGUCAUCAGCAAAGGUCUUAGGGUUGCUAAGUCCGGUGCCAAGCAAAGAAACAGACAAGCUUAAGCUUCUUAUUUCACUAUGUGUUUUUUGAAGUAAAAGAUUUUGUUGAAC